AUGGCGCACUCUCCUACCAAUUCAGGACUCAAGAACAUGCGCGACUUCUUUACACGCAGCGAGAAGGAAAAGAUCUCACCUGAGCUCAAACAAGCACUGUCACUACUGCAACUCCCCAACUUGGACAGCCUCGAAGAGCGCUUUCUCGCGACCGCUGCGUUUCUAGAGCCAUGGGCCGUAUUCCGCGAUUCGAUAUUCCUGCGUCAACCGGAGGCGGUACCACGUGUAACGGCGAUAGCCAGAGAGGAGGGGGAGGACGGUGUGUCUCGCACAGACCUGUUGUGGUUUUAUACACGAUUCGACGAAGGUGUACACCGUUAUGACCCACGCGCCGACAAGUACAGCGCGGAGUACACAUCAGACUCCAGCGUGCAUGGAGUGAUCGACAAGAGUGAUUGGACUGUGGAGGCGUACGAGAAACACCUCUUCGCCUGGUUGCUGCAGGUAUUCAAGGUCGGCAAGUCGCGCAAUCCGUGGAACAUUGACUACUUCGAGCUCCGCAACAUCUGCACAGCCUGGGAAGUAGUCUUUGUGCCGAUCGUCAAUGCUGUUCGCACUUCUUACAGUGUCAAGGGCCGACGACACUACGGUCGCCUCGCGCUUUACAUUGAAGAGCGGUGCCCAUCUGGUCUCGCUUUUCCCAAGGACAACGUCUUGGUACCUGGAGGAAGCCUGAUGUCGCCCACGCCGUACCGCAUAAUCUCCUUGCCGAAGAAGGUCGUCAGUGAUGAAGGCGCAACAUUCCACAAGCGUGUUGACGGUGCUGGAGUGUUCACGCGAAAGCAGUACGACGAGGCCGAGAAGGAGCUUCGCGAUGUGUACCCUCAGUAUGGCGGUUUGGUUGAACGGCCCAAGUUCAAACAUAAGAUGGAGGAGUGGUUGAAUGAACAGCGAGCCCGAGCAGAACGCAGGAAGGCCGCAGAGAAGACGGGCGAAGUGAGGGCCUUCCAGCCCCAGGUGCUAAAGCGUGACGGUAGCCGGAGCCCAGGAAAGAGCAGCUCUCUCGAUAAGGACCACAGCAGACAAGACCAGGAUGGCAGCGAGAGCCCGAUCAGACGUUACUCAGAUAGCAUCCGCCGCUCGCUGUCUCGAGGCAUGUCCAGAAUGGCGUCGAAGGAGGAGCCGAAGAGUCCGCUGCAUGGUGUAACACGACAGACCCAUCUACCUGAUGAAACACCAGCUUAUCGCCCUUCCGAGCCCUCGUCAACCGAGAGGCAUGUGAGUGGCGCCUCAACGGAUACCACUAUCAUCACGCCAUGGCCCCGUCCUGAUACAGUGCGCAAGCCAUCUGACCAGAGUGUCUACACGUCAACCCAUAACUCAGACACUCUCAUCCUUCCCGAUAGCCAUCAGCGCAUGCAAAUGUGCGACGACACGGACGAAUCGAUAUAUUCGCCCAUGGGCCAGUUGAGUGCUAUACCACAGCCACUGCACCACAAGUACCAGCCUGAGAUGCGGGUCGCGCCAACGAUCGAAAAGGGAAGAGCACACCCGGAUACACGGGUUCUAAGCUACGAGGGCAGUGGUUGGGACGACGAGAUCUCGUUGACAAAGCUCAAAACUGUACGCGAGGACACUGCGAGAGAUCCGCAACGCGUUCAGCCCUCAAAGCCAGUCACGAGGCUUCCUGUGCCUAUUAAGCCAACUGCAUAUACCGGCGAUCUGCGUAUCGCGUCGAACGACAUCCAUCGCAAGGCGACACCAAACCCUCUUGCGUGGCCGGGUACUUCUCCGCCCAGAGCAGUACCAUGGCCCGGAAUGGAGCAUACCGUUCCGUCCGUGUCAUCCAGAAACCCCGAGCGAUGGAACAGUACACGUGGGCUGGCCAGCAGCGCUCGUCCUCAACGGCUAUUGCGCGAUGAGUCUGAUCGCAGCGUUACGUGCAUCGUUUCGAAAGAAAAUAUUCGCUCCGUGCUCAAGGGUAACUCUCGUGAUAGCUCAGCAGAAGAUCUAACUCUGCCGCCUCCCGUACCGAUGCUCCCAGGGCAGAAUAGAACGAUGAGUCCUGCUGGCGCUAGGUUGCAGACGUACAACACAAAUCUAUUCCCGCGUCGAGAAGAGCGCAAAGGAACUCCAGUCGGUGGGUGGGUUGGUGCGGACAAGAGCAGAGGUGCACAUGGCGUUCCUUUUGAGCUAGAUAUGCUUGAUGGGGCGAAUUCUGGCCAGGGUGUUCAGAGCAGGACUGCAGGAGGCGAUACACGAUACCAUGAGGAAUACCAUGGCAGGCAUGAGCCUGACGACCGUCGGAGUCUCGAGAAAUGGAUCUGA